UUCCUAGCGAUCACGCUGAUUGAUCUCUUAGUGUUCAAAAUGAACUCGUUUGAUAUUGUUGUCGUUGGUGGGGGUAUGAUUGGUAGCUCAGUGGCUAAAUAUUUGGCCAAGACCUCCAAUUUAUCGAUUGCUUUGAUUGGCCCCGUCGAGGAAAACCAGGAGUGGUGUCAUGGUGCCUGGUUUGAUGAGGGACGUUCCACAAAAAUCUUUGACAACAGCCCAUAUUGGCAAGAUCUAGCUGUGAAAUCAAUUCGACGGUAUCGCGAAAUUGAAACUGAGUCUGGAGUUGGGUUCUUCUCAGAAUCUGGAUACAUGUAUGUAACCACAUCGGCGGCCCAAAAUCCCAAAUACACGUUAAGAACAGCACAAACUGUACAUCUAACCGGAAACUCUUGCGAGAGAGUGACUCAAUCUAUGUUCACCAAUGACUUCCCAUAUCUGUCCCUUCCUGAAGACGAAGUAUGUUAUUAUCAGCCUAACAUGUCCGGACACCUCAAUCCACGAUCAUUCGUAGCGGCCCAACAAAAAAUUGCUCUGGACAAUUCUUGUGAGCUUGUCAAUGAAGUGGUGAGCUCUUUAACCGAGGUCAAUGGUACGUUUCAAAUUGGUACGAAACCUGGACAUGUCUUCACCGCUGCCCAAAUAGUGUUGGCUAAUGGAGCGUACGCCAACUUUCUUCCAAAUAUCAAGGUGAGGAAUUGGGAUAAUGGAACCAAGAAAUUGGACUUGACUUUGAGGACACAGACUGUAGCGUAUCUUGAACUAGAGAAGAAUGAAGUGGAUUCCAAACUCUCCAACUUCCCAAGCAUGACGACUUCAUACCAAGACGGUCUGUUAGAUGGUUCUUACAUAUUACCUCCAGUUGAGAUGCCAGAUGGCAAAUGGUACAUCAAGCUUGGCCAUGGGGAUUACUUCGAGCACCCAAUUGAAUCAUUGGCUGAAAUUGAGGACUGGUAUAACAAUCAUCCCCAGGGAGACUUAGAGGGCGUAUCCGAGUUGGAACGCUACCUUAAGAAGAUCUUGCCUAACAUCAACUUUUCGUCAGUUCAUGGUGGAUCAUGUGUGACGGCAAAUACCCCAGGAAAACUGGCACCUUUUAUUGACGAAGUGUCCCCCGGAUUUUUCGUGGCAGUUGGAGGCAGUGGCCAUGCAGCUAAGAGUUCUGACGAAAUCGGAAGAAUUGCAGCCCAUUUGGUGACCAAGUCAGAAUGGACCACAAAUAUUCCACAAAAAUACAUGAAAGCUCUUUGGAAAGAAUGAGGACCUACCAAGCCAAUUGAAAGAUGAUAAACAAACCGGAAGACACUCUAAAUAAGAUCAUACAAGCAACGAGUCUAAUUUCCGCACCAAGGAAGAGGUCUAUUGAUUUUCUAAUGAUUUGAUGACAUCAACCAAUAUGGUUGCUUUUGUAAAGACAUUUCUACAAUUGUAACAAUGAUAUUGAUAAAGGGUU